GUGUUUUAGUAUAGCUUGUCAUCAACAAAAAUUAACAGCAUAUUUUUAUUUCCAGCCACAACAUCAAUACUCCUACAGUACGUACACAGAAAGAAAAACCAUGGGUCGAGAUGAAAAUGGUGAUUACGUUAUUCACAUUGAAAAAGACCCCAAAGACCCGGUCCGGCCUGCAACACCUGUGCGGCCAGUAACGCCAGUAGGACCUGUACGAGGAGAACAUCUUCUGAAACCUGUGGAACCUUUUGAUACCCUACCUCUUUCAAUCCCUCGAAUUGACCUUCGUAAAAAUGGAAAUGCCUCCAAAAUUUCGAAUAGCCCCAGAAGUAUUUAUUCACAUAACGUUCUUCCGCUAUGCUUAAUAUGCCUCUUUUUAGAUCAGAUUUCCCCAAGGUCAGCAAUUUCAAGAUCUGGACGAUCCGGACCGGUUAGUCCGCGCUCAGUUAGCAGUACCGCGAGCCAAAAUGCAGUCCCAAUGAAAAAAGUGAUCCGUAAAAGUCGAUGGGUUUCAAUUCACGAUGGAAGGCCAGUUAGUCCAUUUGUCGAGACAGUAACUUAUGAACCCAAAUAUGGUUAUGAUUCCUAUGUUGGUAGGCGUCCUAGCGGGCCGAAAGAGAUUCUCCGUAGUGAAUGCGCCUAUAUCAUUGAAAAUCCUUUGUACAAAGAUUGA